UCCGUAACGGAUUGGUCUGCCUCUCUAAAAAUCAAUCACUUUAUAUAUCUAUCUACGUACUAUUAUAAAUACAAUUUUUGUCGGCGCGCAGCUGAUUUCAGAAGUAAAACCCACUUGUCAAUCUCGGAUGACGAUAAGCAAGCUCGGAGACGAUCUUCUCGUAGAGAUUCUGAUUCGCAGCUUCCCGGACCCCAGCUCCGCCUGCCGGAGCCAAUCCGUCUGCAAGCGAUGGAAAACCCUGAUCUCCAGCGCCCGUUUCAACCGCCGUUUCGUUUCCCACCAUCAGAGCAUCAACAAUGAGCCGAAACCCCCAGUCCUUGUCGCCACCAACGACCCGGAAUCGGUCGUCCGUGGCUUCCUCCCCACGCCCAGUAUUGACCGAGUCGGCCGCCCAGAGCAUUUCACGGUCUGGGAUUCCUUGGACGACUUGCUUUUAUGCGGGUUCGCGGAGACAGGUGGAAUCCGUUCCCAUGAUGAAAUCUUCAGGUCGUACUUGCUCUGCAACCCGUUUACGAAGCAGUGGGUCGCCCUCCCCCUGGCGCCCGAAAGGCCGGUUGGGUACGAGAAGUUGGUCGUGAGUCUGGCGUGUGAACGGCGCAGUAGUGGUAGCGUUUCUAAUCACAUCGAUCUCGACUAUCGUUUCCGGGUGGUGUGCACGUAUCAACAUAUAAACUCUAUCAAGUUAGACGUGUUUUGCUCGGAGACGGGAGAAUGGAUGAAGGAGGCUCUCGUUCUUGAUGGCGUUCUCCGACAUCGAAGAGCCAAUGUCGUCUCGUGCAAUGGGGUUGUAUUUUUGCCGUAUCGUAUAGCACAAAAUGAGGUGUAUGAACCUUUUAUUGCGGCUAUCGAUCCUUUCCGCCUCGAUGCACCUCCCACUUCAAUUGAUGUUACCACCCCGCUCUCUGGCGGCAAGCAGUGGUGGAAUAUUUCCGUCUCCAAGGGUGCUCUGCACAUGAUUGUAUACGAAGAUGGCACGGCACCUAAAGGUGCGAGGAUUGUGUUGAGUGUUUGGAGACUAGAUGAAGAAGAAGAUGGUACAAUAAUUUGGAGGAAAGUAUGUGAUGGGCCAGUGAAGCUGGGCAAUUUUAGACUCCAAGGCUUGUGUUUAGUUGCUGCUCUCCAUCCACAGAAACCAGAAGUUGUCUUCUUCCAGCAUUUGGAUUCUGGUCGUGAAUGUGGUCAACUGUCGUGCAAUUUGGGGACAGGGGGAGAGAUGGAGUUCGUAGCUGAACUGCAAGUUGUUCCUGGUUGGAGGAUGUUACAAUUGCAACCUAAGUUAACUGGUUGGAACACUCCGAUUCCAAAGUAUCGGGUUAUGUACGAUGGAAGCUAUAGUUGUUGGGCGCAGAGCAAACGAAGUUGAGGAAAGGCGAACAGAAACAUGAUGGAUGACUUCAGAAAUUAAUACAUUAUUAUUAUAUUUGUGUGACUAGAAGGAAAAGAGAUGAUUUUUUUUUUUUAUGAAUAGAAGGAAAGGAGAUGAGUAAUUGGCAUGAUGGUUGAUGUUGUUCAUGCACUAUAAGGCUAUUCAAAGUUGUUAUCAUUCCAUGCAGUGGAAUUUCAGAUUCUUGAUUCUAAUUUCGAAACACUUUAAAACUACCCAAAGAUUAGGGUUUGAUUAUGUGAAAAUUUAUAAAUCUUCCGUUAUGAGUUGAAUCAAAUCUCUUCUUUCCUCCAUUGGUGAUCGAUCGUCAUCAGCUCAAAAGCCCACUAGUGUGUAUGAUCUGAUGAAUGGGCCCGCUAGGAAGAAGUUGAAGAUAACUCCCGAAAAUGUCGCGUAAAUAUGGUAUGGAGGCCCAAUUUUGAUAUCCGUAAUCAAGGGGAGGUUUCAUUUUAUUGUUAUAUGAUGGUUAAUGCUGAUUAGAAAUGAUCAACAUUGUGAUUAAUAUCUACUAACAUGGCCUAUUGACCGGCAAAGUUUGAUGUUUAUAUUAUUUAUAUGUGUCAUUCACAUAGAUAGAUGAUGAUGUGUUUUAUUUUUUGUUCAUUAUAGAUUUGUUUUUUGAAGUGCAUUAUAGAUUUGUUGAUAAGGAGAACAAAAUACUUGUUCUGGCUUAAAGGUACCUUUUUAUCUGCAUGUUUUAAUGUUCGUAAUUGGCUUUACUCAACUAUAUGAUCAGUUUAUCAUUUAUCUUCUUUAAUUAAUAAUUUAAGCGAUU